AUGAAUGGUCACAUCGGACCAGGUCCCAGCAACGGCGUGGUGGUAGACAUGAGGCCGGACGAACCGUACGCAGACCACCCGGGCCCGUCUACCAGUGCUGCGCCGGCCGUGAAUGGGUUUGCAGAGCCACUGUCACCUUACCAGUUGCAUCAUGAAGAUAUUGUAAACCACCUUUACCAUGCUGGUUUCCAGACUGGUAACUAUGCGGACACCAUUUUGCAUUUCCAUCAAAACGCCUAUCGGCUACAUGCCAUUAUACUAUCCCGUUCGCCAUUCCUUGCACAUAUGAUGUCGACAUCCCCUCAAACUUCGGGGCAGCGUGUAGUUGUAGUGCGUUUUGAAAACGAGCCAGAGAUCACCGAUGAGGGCUUCGCUAUAGCCUUGGGUUAUCUCUACUCUUCCCACUCACUAAGCAUGAUCAACCCGGGAAACGCACGGGCCGUCCUAGCGGCUGGCUGUCUCUUAGGCGGAAUGGAUGAGCUUUGCAACUAUGCGUAUGAAGUAUGCCGACAGUCCAUCUCGAUGGAGAAUAUUUCCGAAUGGCUCGACUUCGUCGACUCCAUCCCACCGUCUUCUGAUGGGACGUCGACACCGGUCGAUCCUCACCAGCUGCCGCCAUCGCGGACGGCAAUCUUUGGGUCGUACGCGGCACGGCUGAAGGGCGAUGUGUUCCACUACCUCGUCGCCACCCUCCCGAACAUGCUCAAUGUCGGCGGGCAGGCAACGCCGGUCUCGCCACAUCCAGAUGGCCAGCAUUCAGAUGCUGGUCGCGACACCCUCCUGCAGGUCUAUUCACGCGUGCCGUUUGACCUGUUUAAGGCCGCAGUGGAAUCACCAAAGUUCCAGAUAGGGUCCGACCAGAGCCGCUUCAAGUUUGCAAAGGAGGCGAUCGACCUGAGGAAGCAGGGCAUCGCGCGGGGUCAGGGGGCGGAGGAGACUGUGGUGCUUGCCUUUGGAGGAGGUAAUUUCGGCGGGGGUUCGGUGCACGUCCAUGUCACACGAAAAUUGCGCAAACGACCUUUGUGGAAGGUCAACUCCUGA